UGACUGCACGUAGACGUAAGAACGUAACAAAAAAUCACGAAAAAAUUAAAUAUCGCAUAGAAAAACUAGUGUAGAUUAAACAAAAAUCCCAUCAAUGUGUCAUUAAAGUGCAAUUCUAUGUAAGCUUAAUAAAUUCCAAGCAAAAUCUAAACGUGUUGUGUUCAUAAAUGCAAAAAUAUCAGCCGGCAAAAUAGAAUAAAAUCCAAUAAAAAAAAGCAUAUGCCACCAACUCGAAUGUAAUCGCCGUCGGUGUCGUUGUUCCCAUCAUCGUCGUCGUCGUCGUGGUCAUAGUCGUUGUCGUCGUGUAUGAAAGAAGAGGAAGAGCCGUGGAACCAAACACAACGGUGAAACAAGAAAACAGUACAUAUACCCUCGACUCCAGCCUGCCGCCUACCCUACUACCGUCGCUGCCGCCUCCGCUAGCCCCAAGAAACCAGCCUGUAACGACGGGGAAGUUGGCAAAAAAAAAAGUGGCAGCAGAAAAAAGUCCUCGAAGUGAAGCAUAAUGAAGUAAUUCAAUGACAUUUUUCCUGUUACCAAAUUGUGCUGCACGGAAAACACCGAAUGCAACAACUCCAAAUUCAUUGGUUUCCUAAGGAUAAUUGUAAAGUUAAAAAAUUAUACCUUAAAAAAUAAUAAUAGAAUGGGAAGUGUUUCAGUUGUUUAAACAGAAAGCAAAGUUCAAAAUGAAAAGUAACAUGUUUAGCAUAGAGCUCCCUAAAAAAAUUCAGUUUUUUCGUGUGAAAUUCUAAAACUGAAGUUGAAGAAAAAAGAAGAAGAAGAAAAAUUGCCCAACUUUUUUCCCGUUCGUCUCAAUAGACACACUUACACACACACACACACAAACACACUUAUAUACAAAGUCGAAACCAACAUUAAAACUUCACGCACAUCCAACAACCAACCGCGAGCAAGAAAGAAAAUAAAAAAAAAAACAACCCAAGACACAAAGAAGUUGUCGAAGUAAACUGCCAAGGAUGACAUUGCCAUUAAGACAGCCAUCGUCCUUUAGCUCCUCCUAAUAAUCUCCCAUCAAUGAGUAUCGAUUUUAGGCUCCUCUAAAGGAAUUACACGCAUCUGCAUAACCACCGAUCUGUGGAGGAGAGGACAUCGGAAGGAGUUUCGUUUGAGGAAACUACUUUGCCGCAGAAUACACCAUGGUCUACUGUGGUCUAAACAGUUCUUUAACGACAGCAACAUAACACUAUUGAAUUGAAGAACGGUAUGGUGAAAAUGGAAUCCACAGAAGAACAGGAUAGAAAGUUGGUUUUGGAGUUCAUACACUUGCUGGAAAAGUCCAAACAAUUGUUCAACGGUCUGAGGGAUUUGCCGCAAUACGGUCAUCGUCAGUGGCAGGCCUAUUUUGGACGCACAUUUGAUGUCUACACAAAGUUAUGGAAAUUCCAGCAGCAACAUCGCAUGGUACUGGAUUCAAAAUACGGUUUGAAACGGUGGCAGAUUGGAGAAAUUGCAAGCAAAAUUGGACAGCUUUACUAUCAUUACUAUUUAAGAACCAGUGAAACGAAUUACCUGAAUGAAGCGUAUCAAUUUUAUGCAGCCAUUAGAGGUAGAGCCUAUUAUUCCAGAGCCAUCAAGGAGGAUCGUCCCGAUCUGAUGGUGAAAAAGCUGCGUUAUUAUGCGCGUUUUAUUGUGGUUUGUUUGUUACUGAAGAAAAUGAAACUGGUGCGAGAAUUGGUUACCGAAUUGGAAAAACAAAUACAGGAAUAUACCACCACUUAUGAACCUGAAGACCAUUUAGAAUGGUCAUUAGUUUUGGAAGAGAUCAAGGGCUUUAUUAAAGCUGAAGCAGCUGUGGCCGUUCUUCAUGCGGAUUCCAAUCCCAUCGUACUAUCACACAGUGGUUCCGGUUCUAGGUUGUCGCCGCUAACAACGCCGCCAUGCGAGAGAUCACCGCACAUGACGCUGAGUCUACAGGAGAUUCUAAUUGUGGGCUCGGCAUGCGAACAAGCCAAAUUCUCCGAGUUGACAAUGGACAUGUUUAGAAUGUUACAAACACUAGAACGGGAACCAACAGAAACAACACAUCCUAUGAGUGCUUCACAUGGCCUGCAUGGACACGAUGCCAGUCCAGCGGCCAGUCGUAUACCGCCAUAUGGUGUUCCAGGUUCCAAGGGCUAUAUGGAAAAUAGCCGCCAUUAUCGUGACAAUCCUCAUAAGUAUUUAUUGUAUAAGCCUUCGAUUAGCCAACUUCUGGUGUUCUUAGCUAGCGGUUUUAAAGAAUUGCCUCCGGGAGGCGCCUUACUCUUAUACAUGUCGGCAGAUGGUUGCUUCUCAACAACAAAACAUCCUGAAGAUUACGGUUACGAAUUGGGUGGCUUGGCCACCAGUGUCAAACGUGACGGUGUCGACGGUGGUGGUCUGGCGUGUCGAGGGAAAUCUUACAAAGAGACCCACUGUCUGUAUCCUGGCGAUUUGUAUCCCUUCACCCGUCGACCCAUGUUCAUUAUCAUUGAUUCGGACAACUCGUUUGUUUUCCAACACAUACCCCGUUACUUUGGCCAACCGUUGGUUGUACUGAUGUCACCCCAGGAUGUGCCACCAGCAUUCCAAGGUAGAGCCGAAGUCCAACACCAUGGCUCCUUGUUUACGUUGUUCCUGCAUUCCCCACUGACCGCGCUAUGUUACAUCUGCAAUGUUGGCGAUGUGCCCAUACAUCAUUGGGAGCGUUGCCAAUCGUAUGUGGAUCAUUUCAUAACGGAAGCCUCUCGUUUAGUGACACGCUGUCGCAUAGAUGAAAUCGACCAAGGAUAUAUAGAUUCAUCAUAUGUUCAAUUCUUUGGUGAUGACUUUUUACGCACCCUCAUACUACGCUUUGUGUUCUGUGAUGUUGUAUUGAGACUGCAUCGUGGUUUCCGGGGACGCCAUAUGAGACCACGUUGUGAACCACCAUUGCCAUCCAAUGAACUGCUGGAGCAUCCAACAUUGUCGCAUAUAAUUUUCCAGCUGGCAACAGCGCUCGAUGUGCGCGGACACUUUUCCGAUGGACCCGAAUGCGACUGAUGAUCUACUGAGUAUUUCCUUAAGCUAAGUCUAGUCAUAAUUUUAAGCAUUUCUUUGCAACAAUUUAUUAAUAAUAAUAAAAAACCAAAACAUAAUAAUAAUACUCUAACAACAACAAGAACAACAAUUGCAAUAAUAACAAUGAGAAAAAUAGAAAUUAACAUCUUCUUCUACUACUUCGCCCCAUCUUUAAAUCAUUAUGAGCCGAACAACAGUUGUGAGCAAAAAUUUUCAUAACUUUCUUGUUGAAAACAUUGAAAUUUCUUGUUUUUUCUCUACAAAACGAACCCUCUUCCAAAAAGAAAAACCAAAAAUAAAAGCAAAAUAAAUAAACGAAAUUAUUAAAUGAUAUUAAAUAUUAUGCUGAGCUUUCUAAAAUAAUAACGAACCUGCAAAUGAAUGGUUACAAAAUUUCUCCCUUUAUCUCUCUGCAACGUUGCCACCCCGCCAAAAAGUGUAAACAAUAAGGGAAACGCUUUCCUCCCCUCUCAAACCGAGACGAGCAGAUGAACGAACAAUCUUCAUAUACCUACUAAAUGCAUAGCCCUUCCUUCCUUGCCCCCCUCCCCUAACCGAAACAUCCGAUUAACCAAAUAAGAUGAUAUAAAUCUAAUAAAAAUAAUAAUUAAUAUGUAUGACAAAGAACAAGAACAAAAUUAAAUUAUAGCUCAUUUUCUACUCAAGCGAUAAAAACAAAAUGAAUAAAUAAUAACGAUAAAAAUAAUAUAUAUAUACAUAUAUAUUUUUAAAGUGAAACAACCACACAACACGGAAGUGACUGAUUUAGCGAAAAAUGUUAACGAAACAAAUGUACUACCAAACACACAAAACAAAACGGAGAAGAAAACGAAAACAAACAGCAGAGCAUUAAGGAAAAGCCGGUUACUGACAAUUCCGUAGUUGUCCUACCAAACCAAAUAUACUCAUUUUAUAAUGUAUACAUACAUAUAUAUUUUUGCCUACAAACAAAUGAAAAAGAUGAAAAAAAAAAGAUAUGAAAAACUAAAACCAAAAUAAAACACAUUUAAUAAAUUAUUAAUUGAUACCAAAUAAUGACAAUUUUAUACGAUGAUUGUAGUCUAGACACCAACCAUUCUAAUGUACAUACAUAUGCAUGUGUAUAUGUUAGCAAAGACACAACACACCAAUCCACACAGACUCACAAAACACCAACACCACAAAACACUAACACAAAGCCACCACCGUCACCACCCCCAACACCAAUUCACCAUUACUGUAAAGGGGUUGUUCUCAACUGUGUUUUGCUUAUGUUGAUGAUUCCCCCAAAAAAAAAACCCAAUGAUAUUAGAAAUAGAAGGUUAAAGGGAAAUUUGUGUUAAAUUUAUGAUGAUUUCGAUUGUACAAAAAAAUCGAAAUUUUGCUUUCGUUUGUCCAAAAAAAUGUUACCCCAUUACCGGGUGUAGUUUUCGUUUGUAAUGAUGUUGCCUACAGAGAGUGAAAAAAUGUUGCAUUUCCUACACCAUGGCAGGUGAAGGCCCGAGGACUGCCGUCAAUAACCGAAGGUUAACCCAAAGCCUUUCGGGUCGACGCAGUCCGCGUUAAGGGAGUGGGCGACGAAUGCGCAUGCAACAUUGUGGAACAGCGAAACGGUCGGUUGGACGGCGAAAAUCCUAUGGGGGGAUCCAGAUCAUGAGAAGACAAGGCUAUUACUGAAAGGAAGCAAGAAGGAGGUCAGUAUAGCUAUUGGUAUCAUAACGGGACACAUAGGACUACGAGCUCACUUAUGUAAAAUCG